AUGAACAACCAAAACCAAUUGGGGAACUCAAGGUCAGGUCCUUCUCCACACAUCGAGACACCUAACGAACCAAACGCUACGGAACGCCCGGGCCGACCCUGUGGCAAAAUAUGUCGGCUUCUGGGGAAGGUCACGAAUGGUGCAAUAAAAAGAAUUUCUGUGAGUCGAAAUCAAUACCGCGACCCUGUUCCUCCGAUUGUCAAUCGUGAAAUUGUCUCAUCGAUUCCGAAUAUCGAGGUUAAGGAUACUCCCCCUGGUGCGGAACAAGGCGCCGACCUCCCAUCAGCACCUCGAGAAGCCAACGAGGCUGCCAAAGGCAUGAAUGUACCGGGACCUGUGAUACCUGGAGUUUCUACUGCACAAAAUACACCAACAAAUCUCAAGGAUGCAUGUUUUAUUCAGGAUGCUCCCUCCGGUGAAAAACAAGGCGCCGAUCCCCAAUCAGCACUUCGAGAGGCCAACAAGGCUGCCAAAGGCAUGAAUACACUUUCAGGAUGUGUGACGUCUGGAGUUUCUGCCGCACAAAAUGCACCAGCGGAUCUCGCGGAUGCAUGUAAAGUCGGGGACACAUAUCUUCAGCCUCUCAGAAUAUUUGACAGCGUUAUCAGGAAGCUCACGGAUGUGCACCCUUACGCAAAGAUGACACUGGGCCUACUGUCUUCUGCAUCCAAAAUCGUGAUCAAGGGAUACUCUGGCUUCUCGAGAAGUUAA